AUGUGUGAAUCUUGUAUGUCAGAAUGUGCAUCAAUACCAGAAACUGAAAAGAUCAGCGGUAAAUCGGUGUCAAUUGAGCAGCUUAUAAUGGAGGUAAACAAAAAACUGGAAGUUGUGUUUAAAAUAGAAAGGAGUCUGGAAGAUAUGAAGACCACGGUGGAUUUUUAUGCUGAAAAAUACCAGGAGCUGUUUGAGUUUAAGAAAAAGACCGAAAAUAAAGUGAAAUAUUUAGAACAACAAACUGUGUACUUAGAGAAAAGGAAUAAGGCAUUAGAAGAGAGGAUAGUCGAUAUGGAGCAAAAGGAGAAAGAAAGAAACAUAGAAAUCGUGGGUUUAGAAAAAAAGGACAACGAAGAUUUAAAAAGUAUAAUGGCUACGUUAUCAAAAAAAGUUGGCGUAUUAAGCGAAGAUAUUGAGCAGGUUAAGAGGGUAGGGCAAGAAAAACAAGACAAACAAUCUCGACCGCUGCCGAUUAUAGUCACCCUGCGCACAAAGACAGCGCGCGAACAGUGGCUCAAGCAACGUAAACAAGUCAUAACUAACGAUGACAUUUACAACGACCAUAAUAAUAAUAGAAUAUAUAUAAAUGAAGACUUGAGUAAAUACUUGCGUCAAAUUUUUUGGAUGGCAAAAAAGGAGCUUAAACCAAUGUAUAAAUAUAUAUGGGUACAAAAUUCAAAAAUUCUUGUGAAAGCCAGCGAAGUAAAUAAAAAAAUCCAUGCUAUUAGGUCACAGGAGGAUAUUACUCAAUUAAUGAAGUGUGCUACCCGCAAUGAUAAUGUGGACAGCGAAACAACAUCACGCACAUAA